AUGAGACACUCUCAGGUGGAGAAAAUUCUUGCGAGAAAGGCCCAGGGUGUCAAAGAAGGCAAGCGGAUAUGGUCCGAUAUUAUUUAUCGAUGGAAGAAGGGGCAGCUCGAAAUAGACAACCUCCUUGUGAGCGCGAUGGCUAAUCUGCUCAUGGAAGCAUCUACUGACCGGGGUUGCUACGACGUAUUCGCGUUGAUUCACCAAGUCACUGGAAUUCCAAUUCUCGCUAAAGAGCCGUCGGAUCCCUCUUCGAAAAUACAAAAGAAGAGUAGAGGAAUCGACUUAGAGGAAGAUGUUCCGUUCGUCGAUGAUAGCGAAAAGUUGUAUCGACCAGUAGAGGCUGAGCCAGAGGAAGUCGAACAAGAUGGGGAAGAAGAAACAUUUGAAAACGUUUUUGACCCUAUCGUUAGCCCGGGAACAUCCUCGCCUUCUUAUAUUUCUGUGGGAAAUAGGGAACUUUCACUGAUUCUGGAGGCUUGCUUAAGUAUGACUCAAGAAUUUGGAAUUGGUGCUGGAAAAGCUUACUGGCAACACCUUACCCUGGAAGACACUGACUACAAGAUCGAGCCAGAUGGGGGUACAUACCAUCAAUACCUCCGACUUUUACGGCUUGGCCAUUCCAGCCGUCUUGCCCUUGACGUGAUACGCAACCAGAUGGUGCCCGCCCAAAUGACGGAAGGGCGGUCUUUCCGGAUCGCAUUUGCGUGCUGUCUUCGUGAUCGCAAAAAUAUCAACGUUUUCAAGAAUGCCAAUGGGCUCCUUCAUCUCAUGGAGACAUCACUUGUGCUUCCUUUCCCUCAGGCAUUAGGAGCUUACCUCGACCUGGUCCGCAUCUUGGGUGAUAGGCCCCAGCUUCUUAUGUCAUUGAGCGGUAUUGAUGGGAAUGGAAAACGGCCGGCCGGUGGUCUGAGUGCUCUGGGUCAGCAGCUGCGCCUUAAUUUACAGACAACCGCUCUUGAAGCUCUGCGUCCUUGCAUUGCCAAACUCGAUAAAGCUAUGGAGCAAGGCCUAGUAUCUCCAGUCCCGGUCGAAGGCCGCGGUAUUCGCUCUAAUAGCUCUAAUGAGCAUGCCGUCUCCGGAAAGGAAGCUCUUAAGGUAUUAGCUACGGUGAGGGGUUUAAUAGACGAUAUCUUGAUGCCAGCGAACUCCAAGCUACUCUCCAAAGAAACCCGCGCCCAACUCAAGAAAGAAUCACGAGAUUUAAGGAGGUACUCAAACGCUAAGAUUACCAACAAGUACAAGGAUUCUUUAGUUUCUCCGACUUCUGAACAGGUUCUGGCAUACAAAGAUCAGCAAGUUGCUGAGGGUUCCUUGGAUGUUGACUAA